GCGGUGUCCUAGUGGGCACAGGUGCAGCAGCCUCAUCAACCUCACGGCAAGCGAGUCGAGAACUGCAAUCCGCAAGUGCCGAGGCUGCUCCAGAUGCAGGCGAGGUGGCAGCAGCUGCGGCAGCGGUUCCGAACGAUGGGGCAGCGGCAGAGGCAGUACCAGUGGAUGGAUCAGCGCCUGCAGUUCUUGAUGUUGGUGGGGGAUCAGCACCUGCGGGUCCCGCAGAUAGUGCAGAAGAUGGCACUAGACCUGCAAGUCCGCCAGUAGUUGCGCAACAGCCAGAAUCCUCUGCUGCUGCGAUCGCGCCAUCGACUGACGAUAGAGCAGAUCCGGGUGACGGCAUCGUUGCUGAGGAAAGCUUGCAGAUAGCCCAAGAAGGGGCUGAGAAUCCUCCACCAAUAGAGGAAGUAACAUCAGGGGAAGGAGUUGUAGAUGCUAGUGUAGAGGCGCAAGCGGGUUCCUCAGAUGCUGUGGGAGGACAAGAGGGACCAGCACUGGAUGAGAUAAAAGCUGCUGAGGAGACAAUAGAGCCUAGUGCGGUUGCCAUAGUACAGGAGAACAGGACUGAAGCGGAAGGUCCACUCGCUGCUCAACUUUUAGCCAAUUUCGACCGCGAAGCGGCGGACAAGACGCAAAAGGAAC